CUGGGGGGGUGGGGGGAAGGCGGCGGGGCCGGAAUGUGAGCGGAGGUGGAGCUGGUGGCAGAGGGUGGAAGAAUGAAAGACAAGAAAGAUGAAAGAAUGUUGAACCACUUUGUAGGGCUGUAUGAUGGAAGGAAACGGAACUGAGAACUCCUGCAGCAGAACUCUUGGAUGGCUUCAACAAGAUAAUGACGCUAAGCCAUGGCUUUGGAAAUUCUCUAAUUGCUUUUCUCGUCCUGAGCAAGCAUUGCCACUUAGUCCCCAAACGAAAGAGUACAUGGAGAACAAGAAAGUUGCUGUGGAAUUAAAGGAUGUACCAUCUCCCCUUCAUGCUGGCUCUAAACUUUUUCCAGCAGUCCCACUUCCUGAUAUUCAUUCUCUUCAGCAACCUAAAAUACAGCUUUCAACCGUCCCCAAAGUAAGCUGCUGUGCUCAUUGCCCCAAUGAACCCUCCACUUCGCCAAUGCAUUUUGGUGGUGGUGGUGGCGGCGGUAGUGCAGGUACUGGUAGCUUGAUUCACACGGGCGCACUGUUAGACUCUCAAAGCACCAGGACAGUCACAUGUCAGGUAGGCUCAGGGUUUGCGUUCCAGUCGGCAUCUUCCCUGCAGAAUGCCUCAGCUAGGAACACGUUGGCAGGCAUGGCAAGUGACUUUCCCAGCAUGUGUCCAGAGAGUAAUCUGUCCUCCUGCAGACACCUGCCCUGUUGUGGAAAACUCCAUUUCCAGUCGUGUCACGGGAACAUGCACAAGCUGCACGUUCCGACUCUCCAGGGCUGCACCUCCGCUGGCUAUUUUCCCUGUUCUGAUUUCACAAGUGGGGCUCCAGGGCAUUUGGAAGAGCACAUUUCACAGUCGGAGCUAACGCCUCACUUGUGCACCAACUCUUUGCACCUAAAUGUGGUACCUCCGGUUUGUUUAAAGGGCUCCCUUUACUGCGAAGACUGUCUAAACAAGCCGGCAAGAAAUAGUAUAAUUGAUGCUGCUAAAGUCUGGCCAAAUAUACCACCUCCAAAUACUCAACCUGCACCUCUUGCUAUCCCUCUGUGUAAUGGCUGUGGAACCAAAGGAACAGGGAAGGAGACCACGUUGUUAUUGGCGACCAGUCUAGGCAAAGCUGCUUCGAAAUUUGGGUCACCGGAAGUUGCAGUAGCCGGACAGGUGCUAGAAAACUUACCCCCCAUCGGAGUUUUUUGGGAUAUUGAAAAUUGCUCAGUUCCCUCUGGCCGGUCAGCUACUGCCGUUGUGCAAAGAAUCCGUGAAAAAUUUUUUAAAGGACACAGAGAAGCAGAAUUCAUCUGUGUGUGUGACAUCAGUAAAGAAAAUAAAGAAGUUAUUCAAGAGCUGAAUAACUGCCAGGUAACUGUUGCCCAUAUCAAUGCUACUGCAAAGAAUGCUGCCGAUGAUAAACUCCGGCAGAGUCUCCGAAGGUUUGCGAACACUCACACUGCUCCAGCCACUGUGGUUCUUGUGUCAACUGAUGUCAACUUUGCAUUGGAACUUAGUGAUCUAAGACACAGGCAUGGUUUCCACAUAAUUUUGGUCCAUAAAAACCAAGCCUCAGAAGCACUGCUGCACCAUGCUAACGAACUAAUCAGAUUUGAAGAGUUCAUUUCUGACUUGCCCCCCAGGUUACCACUAAAAAUGCCACAGUGCCACACUCUGCUCUAUGUUUAUAACCUACCAGCAAAUAAAGAUGGCAAGAGCAUCAGUAACAGGCUCCGACGCCUGUCCGAUAAUUGUGGUGGCAAAGUGCUGAGUAUCACAGGCUGCAGUGCCAUCCUCCGCUUCAUAAACCAAGAUAGUGCAGAACGGGCUCAGAAGCGAAUGGAAAAUGAAGAUGUCUUUGGUAAUAGGAUCAUUGUGUCAUUUACUCCAAAAAGUAGAGAACUCUGUGAAACAAAGAGUUCAAAUGCAAUUACUGAUAAAGUGAAGUCUCCCAAAAAGCUUAAGAAUCCAAAAUUGUGCCUCAUCAAAGAUGCGAGUGAACAAUCUUCCAGUGCCAAAGCCAUGCCUGGAAAAGGGUCACAGGCAAAUUCUGGAUCUGCUACAAAAAAUACAAAUGUUAAAAGUUUACAGGAGCUGUGCCGCCUGGAGUCAAAGUCUGGUAGUAGAAACGGUGAGCACCAGCACGGUAACAUGAGGCUGGUGGCAGCCCCUCAUGGGAACGCCAGCGCUGCAGGGCCGGCGUCCAAACACCUGGGGAUGGCAGAGUCACUUUACAAAAGCAAUCAGAAAAAGGAGAACCUCAGUGCUCGAAGUGUUAGCAGUUCCCCUGUAGAGAAAAAAGAUAAAGAGGAGACAGUAUUUCAAGUGAGUUACCCAUCUGCUUUUAGCAAGUUGAUUGCUUCAAGGCAAGUUGGUCCUCUGCUCGCACCUCAGUCUUGGUCUUCCAGAGCAUCCCCACUAGCUUUCAAUGUUGCAAAUUCGAGCAACGGAAACGACUACCCAGACCCUUUUGCGAAUGGUGCUGACAUCCAGGUCAGCAACAUAGACUACAGAUUAUCCCGGAAGGAGCUGCUGCAGCUCCUGCAGGACGCGUUUUCCAGGCAUGGCAAGGUGAAGAGUGUUGAGCUCAGCCCCCACACAGACUAUCAGCUCAAGGCUGUUGUUCAGAUGGAAAACUUACAAGAAGCAAUCAGUGCAGUGAACAGCCUCCACAGAUACAAAAUUGGCAGCAAGAAGAUCCUGGUCUCACUGGCCACAGGAGCUGCUAAUAAAUCACUUUCUUUACUGAGUGCUGAAACAAUGUCUAUUCUUCAAGACGCUCCUGCCUGUUGCUUGCCUCUUUUUAAAUUUACAGAUAUCUAUGAGAAAAAGUUUGGACACAAGCUGAAUGUGUCAGAUCUAUAUAAGUUAACAGACACAGUCGCAAUCCGCGAACAAGGAAACGGACGGCUGGUGUGUCUCUUACCCAGCAGUCAAGCCCGCCAGAGCCCCUUGGGAUCUUCCCAGUCACAUGAUGGCUCCUCCACAAAUUGCAGCCCAAUUAUAUUUGAAGAGUUGGAGUACCACGAGCCUGUCUGCAGGCAGCAUUGUUCCAAUAAGGAUUUCAGUGAACAUGAAUUUGAUCCAGACUCCUACAAGAUUCCCUUUGUGAUUCUCUCUCUGAAGACAUUUGCGCCCCAGGUCCAUAGUCUUCUCCAGACCCACGAGGGCACUGUGCCUUUGUUAAGCUUUCCUGAUUGUUAUGCUGCCGAGUUUGGUGGUCUAGAAGUAGUGCAAGAAGGCCAUGGAGGUGUUCCCUUGGAACACUUCAUCACUUGCAUUCCUGGUGUGAACAUCACCACUGCUCAGAAUGGUGUCAAGGUUGUGAAGUGGAUUCACAACAAGCCUCCACCUCCCAACACAGAUCCUUGGCUUCUUCGUUCUAAAAGUCCUGUAGGUAACCCUCAGCUGAUCCAGUUCAGUCGAGAAGUGAUUGAUUUACUGAAGAACCAGCCAUCUUGUGUCAUACCAAUCAGUAAUUUCAUCCCAUCCUAUCACCAUCAUUUUGCAAAACAGUGCCGAGUGUCAGACUAUGGGUAUUCCAAGCUGAUUGAGUUAUUAGAAGCAGUGCCCCAUGUGUUGCAGAUUCUCGGCAUGGGCUCUAAGCGUUUGCUGACCCUGACCCACAGAGCCCAGGUGAAGCGCUUUACUCAGGAUUUACUGAAACUCCUCAAAUCCCAGGCCAGCAAACAGGUCGUUGUGAGAGAAUUCUCCCAGGCUUAUCAUUGGUGUUUCUCAAAGGACUGGGAUGUCACUGAAUAUGGUGUUUGUGAGUUGAUCGAUAUCAUAUCAGAGAUUCCAGACACAACCAUCUGCCUGUCCCAACAAGAUAACGAAAUGGUGAUUUGUAUUCCCAAAAGAGAACGCACUCAGGAUGAAAUAGAAAGGACAAAACAGUUCUCCAAGGAUGUUGUUGACUUGCUGCGGCACCAGCCCCACUUCCGGAUGCCCUUCAAUAAGUUUAUCCCCUCUUACCACCACCACUUUGGCCGCCAGUGCAAACUUGCCUACUACGGCUUUACCAAGCUACUUGAACUUUUUGAAGCCAUACCUGAUAUUUUACAAGUAUUAGAAUGUGGAGAAGAGAAAAUCCUCACUUUGACAGAAGUAGAACGGUUCAAAGCUCUAGCUGCCCAGUUUGUUAAACUCCUUCGGUCCCAAAAAGAUAACUGCCUUAUGAUGACAGAUCUGCUUACAGAAUACGCUAAAACUUUCGGUUACACGUUUCGUCUCCAAGACUAUGAUGUUAGUUCAGUUUCGGCUUUAACACAGAAACUCUGCCAUGUUGUAAAGGUUGCUGACAUGGAAUCUGGCAAACAGAUUCAGCUGAUCAACCGCAAGUCUCUGCGUUCUCUCACUGCCCAGUUGCUGGUCUUGCUGAUGUCUUGGGAAGGAACCUCAUAUCUCUCUGUUGAUGAGCUCAGGAGACACUAUGAAACUACCCACAGUACUCCGCUCAACCCCUGUGAGUAUGGAUUCAUGACCUUGACCGAACUUCUGAAGAGUCUGCCUUACUUAGUUGAGGUUUUUACUAAUGACAAGACAGAAGAAUGUGUGAAGCUCACCAGUCUGUAUUUGUUUGCAAAGAACGUGCGGUCUUUACUUCAUACUUACCACUACCAGCAGAUUUUCCUUCAUGAAUUUUCCAUGGCCUAUACCAAGUAUGUUGGUGAAACUCUGCAACCCAAGACCUAUGGCUAUAACAGUGUGGAAGAGCUCCUGGGAGCAAUCCCACAGGUGGUCUGGAUUAAAGGACAUGGUCAUAAGAGAAUUGUAGUGCUAAAAAAUGACAUGAAAAGCCGUCUGAGCUCACUUGGUCUUUCCCCUGCCAGCCAUGAAAACCGGCCUUCGGACAGUGAGCGGAUCCUGGAGGUGCCCGAGUCCUGCACAGCCUCGGAACUCCAGCUUGGAGCAGGGUCCAGCCAAACGGAGCAGGAGCUUCUCCGCUUGACCAGCACUUCCCCUGUCGACCUCCUGUGUGCUCCCGUGCCCUCCUGUUUGCCGUCCCCUCAGCUGAGACCAGAUCCUGUCAUCCUCCAGUCUGCGGAUCUCAUUCAGUUUGAGGAGCAGCCUCAGGACCCUCCUGAAAUUAUGAUUUUAAAGCAAGAAGAAAAAGUUGAAAUGCCAGAGCCAGUAGAGAAGGAAAAGCUGUCCUCUGACUCCAGCUCUCUGUGCGUCUCGGCAGCUGCCCCGGCGCCGCCCUGCCUCUCGGAAGCCCCAGAGUCACUGCUUAGCAAGGACCCUGUGGAAAGCCCGGCCAAAAAGCAACCUAAAAACAGAGUAAAAUUGGCAGCCAACUUCUCCUUUGCACCUAUAACCAAGCUUUAACUCUCAUGUUGAGCAUAGAAUUAGGAUGGGAAAUAUCUGUCUGAUUCUGCACACAAAAGUGGGUUCCAAAAACAUCCUCUUCUGGUUUAAAAAGAAACCUCCAGGAAGCCACUUAGUUCAUCUUUAGAUAUUUUCUUUCUUUCACAUUGACCACCUUUUGGGACUGAAAUUUCUUUUUUUUUUUUUUUUUUUCUGUUCAGUUAUUUGAAGAAACAUCUGACAUUUGCUAAAGAACCCUUACUAUAUUUUUCCAAAUUUUUCUUAACUAACGGUGUUCCCAAAGAAGAAAGCAGUGAGAACUCAGCAGGAAGUGGCUUUACUUCCAUUGAGCCACAUCAGUGAUCUCUCCAUAUGUAGCAUAAGAGUCUCUUAUCCUUUGCUUACUGAUAUUUCCAACAGUAUUAAUCAGAUGCAUGAAGUGUCUUUGAAACACAGCCUGUCCCGUGAGCCUGCGUGUUUGCGCACCAAAGCAGAAGGAUAGGCAAGGAGCUGAGGGUGUAUUUUCAGGUUGGAAUGUGAAAGUUCCUGGCCUCCAUGUGACUUGUAAGUGUGCCUUGUUUUUUAUUUAACUAUGUCUGUAGUUGACAAAUGUGGCUUCAUCACAGAUUUUUAAAAAUAUUUCCACUUCGGGGUUCCAUUUAGGAGCUUUCUAGAGAAUUCGAGCAUGUUCUAAGCUUCCCUUUAUGUUGAGUUCCAGUUUGAUAUGGAUUAGGUUAAGAAGAGGAAAUGGUCUUGGUGUCAUGAAUUUAAGGUCAGCGUGUGAAUUACAACACACAUCAUUGUGUGUCGAGAGGCAAUAUUGGGCAGUCAGUCUGAUUUUCUAAAAUAUGCAUCAAAUGCAUAAAUUACAAAUCAGAGCUGAGUGGUGAGAUGCUUCAGCAAGAGUGGUGGUAAUACUAUUUCCACUGGGCGGGGACAGGAAUUCUUUCGAAACAUAAUGAAGGCCAAGGUUGAUCAACUUAACCUUGUUUUGGUGAUUUUAAAGCUGGUUUUGGCAGCUGGGAAGCUUUACAUGUGAGUAUGUGUGUGUGUGUGUGUCAGCUCAGCAUCUUUUAACAGUGUCUGCCUGUACUCAUUACUUCUCGCUGUAGGAAGCAUGUUUGGUUUCUGUGGUGUCUGAUGUUGGCAUUUGGGAAAAGCCAGCCUUGGAGGGCACUGCCCUGUGGAAUGGCCUUCCUCUCUGGGUGCUUGGGGUGUCCGCUGAUGGGUGGCCUCUUGUCCGUCCUGGAGAAACCUGACAUUUACAAUGGAUUGUAUUUGUUGGGCAAAAAAGGCGGAUUCAUUCAUAGAGCAGAACGAACCUAUUGGCGCAAGGUCUUCCACUAGUUAGAUGGUUUCUUUUUGGGAAAUGUUUAUAUUUUGUAAUUUCUAGAAAGCCAGAAAAUGGGCUCUGAUUUUGUAGUCAGCAUUUUGAUAAAAUGCCACAAAAUAAGGGCUAUAGAGAGAUUUUUACGAGUUAGAUUUUUGUUCCCCGAAUCUUUUUAAAUGAAGCCAGUGAUUCUCCAACACAUGGCCCCAAUCAAGACGGAAGGACAACGGGAAAAACCUUCUGAUUAUUAUGGCACUCUGUGAAUCUUCCCGAAGGCAUUUCCUCUACAGACAUAGUGUUACAGGGAGUAAAAUGCAAAUGUGCAAUUUUUUAAGAAGCUUUUAAUGUAAUAAAGUUGGUGUUGAGCACAUCAGUGGCCUUAUUAGCUUUCAUAAGGCUGAGUUUGCACGCUUGGACUUCAGUUUCGCUAGCAUGAAAAGAAUUGUGGACUUGAAAAACACAGAGGUAUCAUUACAAGUCACUUGGAACAGUGUCAAAGAACAGGUUCUUUGGGCAACAGAUGAAAGAAACAAGUUGUGUGCUACCUAGUGAGUGUCUCUGUACCACUCACUGGAGUUGCCAGUUGCCUGGGACGUGGUUGUGACAGAUGCUGCUGUUGGAAGAAUGUGAGAGUGUGGCGGAAGCACGUUGUGAUCCUCAUGUAUUCCACAGCGGCCAGUCCAGUUACUAUCUAUUUUUUUAUCCAGAGGCUUAAUUAAAUGAUGUGACGGAAUGAUGUAUGAGCAUUGAGACAAUGAAGUUCUUUCUGGGUGGAAAGCUGUACCAGAUUCGAUUUAUCUGUUUAAAAAGACACAAGUUACCACCAAAACCCCCUUUCCCAUCUUGCACUGUUUGUUUUGGAUUGGGCUUGGGGGAGGACAUGUUUUUCUUAACUGUCUACUUUGUUUGAACACUUUUUUUGUGGUUCAAGUGCUGUUUUGUGUGUUGGGACCAAACAGUUGUCAAUAAACUUUACAAGCAAGCAUCGAA